AUGGCAGCAAUGGCUUUGCUCCAUGUCCUCAUCGUGCUGUCAUUGCCCUGGCUCGUGCACGGCUCCUGGGACAGCUGUGGAGGGACCUGCGGUACCCGUCCCAUGGCUGAUUACUAUGGGAUGUCACGCAUUGUCGGAGGCAUGGAUGCGCACCAGGGCGCCUGGCCAUGGAUGGUCAGCAUCCAGUUCCCCACGGCCACCGGCUUCUCGCACAUCUGCGGGGGCUCCCUCAUCACCCCCCAAUGGGUCCUCACGGCCGCUCACUGCUUCAUCGGGCAAAACUUCACCACGGAUUGGUACGUGAUGGUUGGAAUCACGGACCUGGCUUGGGCCAAUUCAGAGACCCAGAAACGUUGGAUGCGGAAGGUCGUGGUCCAUGAGUAUUACACCAAGGCCUCCGACGGCUUCGACAUCGCCUUGGUGGAGCUGGACCAGCCGGUGCAGUGCGGGUACCACGUGCAGCUCGUCUGCCUGCCCGAUGCGACACUCAGGGUAUCCCAGCUCUCUGAGUGCUUCAUCAGCGGAUGGGGUGCGAGGGAAGCCAGAACGGGGGCAUCGUCCCCAUCAGCCCUGCAGGAGGCCAAGGUCCGCCUCAUCGAUGUCCAGCUCUGCAACAGCAGCCUGUGGUACCGAGGGGCCAUCAAGAGCCACAACCUCUGUGCUGGGUACCCCCAGGGUGGCAUCGACACCUGCCAG